GUCUCGCACGACCAUGGCCGCCAUCAUAUUGUGGAUAUUGAUAGACAGAUCCCCCCAGUAACCAAACGACUCACCUAGGCGGUGUUUUGCUGCUUUUUAACUGUUGCUCGAUGAUAGACAUUCAAGAAACAUAACUGUGCCUAAACAUGCUGUGCAACGCGGUGCCCUCGCACCGUCGGUCGUCGAACUGCCGGCAGUAUUUGUGAUUUGUUUGUGUGGAAAAGUUUUAGUUUAAAACGAAAAACGAUAAGUUUGGUGCGGGUUGCGAAAAAAAUGAAAAGAAGCGGUCAUGCCUGAUGGCAAGGAUUGCAGCGAGGGGUCCACACAGUUACACCAUCGACCGGACACGUUGGAGCUGAUUGUGCUAGGCGGGCACAAAAGACUUAGCAAUGAAGAGGAAGACAUGCCACAGGAUGAGUUACGAGUACCAGAGUCUGCGAAAAAUCAUGAUGAAUCCGUACCUAGUUCUGGGCCCAAAAUGGCCGCAACAUUCGAGGCAGAAACUGAAACUAUAACUGCUUCGAUACCACAGCCAAAAGCCUCUACCCACACGCGUUGGUUCCAUUUUGGACGAAAGUCCCGCAGACAGAGGCGGUCGCUCCAAAGCAAUAGCGAUGACGAGUGCGAGGAGGGACGGCAUCGACGCCAGCUGCAGUCUCCCAGCAAUAACGAGGCCCGUUUAGCGCAACCAGAGGCCACCAACAUAGGCAACUCCUCUCAGACUAUAGCUACUCCGCUGCCCAUAACCCCCGAAUACGCCGAGAACACUGAUAGUCCCUACAGACUGACCACUCACCAGCAGCCCCCAUGCAGUCUGAGGAAGUAUAAGCCGCCCCCUCAGCUAUCAGUGCCUGCGGACAGAGAUACCCCUGUCGGGGGCGCUGGCGGACUUAAGUCCGUAUUGCGAAAGCUGGCCUUUUGGCGACACCAGAAGCAGGGAAAACGUCGCCAACGCAGAAGGCGGAGUGGCACUGAGAGCAACUCGAGUGGAGAGCCCACACUGUUGCCCCACCAGACUAGCCGCAGCGUCACCAGCGACUUUGAGCCCCUUUCGGGGUCAUCUUCGGCGCGCAACCUGAGGCGUUUGUCACAAUUGCGAUGUCGUCGCAGCUCCUAUUAUUUUUCAGACAAUGAACGCAGAAUUCGGGCCAAUGACAAAGAGUUCAAUACUCAGUUUAAAUAUCACAACAACUACAUCAAGACCUCUAAAUACUCGCUGUUAACAUUUCUGCCCUUCAACUUGCUGGAGCAGUUUCAACGUUUGGCCAACUUCUAUUUCCUGUGUCUGCUGGUCCUGCAACUUAUUCCGGCCAUAUCCUCAUUGACGCCGGUGACGACAGCUAUACCUUUGAUUGGGGUGCUUACGUUGACCGCCGUGAAGGACGCUUACGAUGAUAUACAACGACAUAUUUCGGACUCGCAGGUGAACAAUCGGAAGUCGAAGACGUUGCGGAAUGGCAAGCUCAUCGAUGCCAAGUGGUCGGAGGUGCAGGUGGGGGAUGUUAUACGUCUGGAUAAUAAUCAGUUUGUGGCGGCCGACAUCCUCUUGCUGACCACCUCCGAGCCAAAUGGGUUGUGCUUCAUUGAGACGGCGGAGCUGGAUGGGGAGACGAAUCUGAAGGCCAAGCAGUGCUUGCCAGAGACUACGGAAUUGGGCCAACAACAUGACGCUCUGUGGGCCUUCAAUGGUGAAAUAAUUUGCGAGCGACCCAACAAUUUGCUCAACAAAUUCGAGGGUACGCUCAUCUGGAAGAAUCAACGGUUCGCCCUCGACAACGAAAAGAUUUUGCUGCGUGGCUGUGUGCUCCGGAACACACAAUGGUGCUAUGGUGUCGUGAUCUUUGCCGGUGUGGACACCAAACUCAUGCAGAACUCGGGCAAGACGCAGUUCAAGAGCACGGGCGUCGACCGCCUCCUCAACUUUAUUAUCAUUGGUAUCGUUCUGUUUCUGGUGUCGAUUUGCGCCUUCUUCGCGAUAGCGUGCGCCAUCUGGGAGGGCCUGAUUGGUCAGUAUUUUCAAGUGUAUCUGCCAUGGGAGAACAUCAUACCGAAGGAUCUGGUGGCUUCCGGUGCCACUGUCAUUGGUCUGCUCGUAUUCUUCUCCUACGCCAUAGUUUUAAAUACUGUUGUGCCAAUUUCCCUCUACGUUUCAGUAGAGGUAAUACGCUUCGUCCAGUCAUUCCUUAUCAACUGGGAUGAGGAAAUGUACUAUGAACGAACGAAUACAUAUGCCAAAGCUCGCACCACCACCCUCAACGAGGAACUCGGCCAGAUACAGUAUAUAUUUUCGGACAAGACUGGCACCCUCACCCAGAACAUCAUGACUUUCAACAAGUGCAGUAUUAAUGGGCGUACCUAUGGUGAUGUCAUUGAUUUGCGCACCGGCGAACUAAUCGAAAUAACCGAGGCACUCGAGUCGGUGGAUUUCUCGGCCAAUCCGCACCACGAGGCCGAAUUUCGUUGGUACGAUCGUACGCUGCUCGAUGCCGUGCGCUCGGAUGAGGAGCACGCGCACAACUUCUUUCGCCUCCUGGCGCUCUGCCACACGGUUAUGGCCGAGAUGGUGGACGGUAGUCUGGAGUAUCAGGCACAAAGUCCCGACGAGGCUGCUCUCGUCUCGGCGGCUCGCAACUUCGGCUUUGUGUUUCGUGCCCGCACUCCAAACAGUAUUACCAUCGAGGUGAUGGGUACCCUAGAGGAGUACGAGCUGCUGAAUAUCCUGGAUUUCAACAAUGUGCGAAAACGCAUGUCCGUCAUCCUGCGCCGUGGGAAUACGGUGGUGCUCUAUUGUAAGGGUGCCGACAACGUCAUCUACGAUCGCCUGCAUGGUGGACAAGAGGAUAUGAAGGCGCGCACGCAGGACCAUUUGAAUAGAUUCGCUGGCGAGGGUCUGCGUACAUUGGUGCUCGCCGAGCGACGAUUGACUGAACAGUUCUAUAAUGAAUGGAGGGCGCGGCAACAGGAAGCGGCGCUGUCCAUGGAGUUGCGGGAACAGAAGCUGAAUGCCGUUUAUGAGGAAAUCGAGAGCAACAUGGAACUGGUUGGGGUAACAGCCAUCGAGGACAAGCUACAGGACGGCGUACCCAAAUCCAUAUCCAACCUGCAGAAUGCGGGAAUCAAGAUUUGGGUGCUGACCGGUGACAAACAGGAGACGGCCAUCAAUAUUGGCUACUCCUGCCAGCUGCUGACCGAUGAGUUGGCCGAUGUCUUCAUCGCAGACGGCAGCUCGAUGGAGGAGGUGGAGAAGCAGCUUCGGCAAUUUAAGGAGUCAAUCAAAAUAUUCAAUCGCUUUCGUCCCGGUGGUGUGGGUGGUGCUACUGGUGGCAGCGAGGCGUUUAAUCAUCUGAGCAGUGCCAAUAACUUGGAUCCCUUGAGCGUUACGAUGACGCAGACGUCCGCAUUUAUGCAGGAUUCGAAUAGUGCGCCCAUAUCGCCACCGCCGCCAGCUAUAUCGGUGGUUACCUUUAGGUGGGAUGCCAAAAUUAAGGAUAAUAAGGGCGGACCGGACAGUGCCGAAUGCAACGAAAUUUUCACCGAUAGCGAGAAAAGCGCAAACACCCGAACCAUGUCCCUAGCGCUGGAUGAGACCAACGGAUUCGCUUUGGUCGUCAAUGGGCACUCGCUGGUCUAUUGCUUGUCACCCGAACUGGAGACAAGAUUCCUCGAAAUCGCCUCCCAGUGUAAGGCCGUAAUUUGUUGCCGCGUUACGCCCCUUCAGAAGGCGCUGGUCGUUGAACUGAUCAAGCGUGCCAAAAACGCCGUCACUCUGGCCAUAGGCGACGGUGCCAACGAUGUCUCCAUGAUCAAGGCGGCCCAUAUUGGAGUGGGAAUCUCUGGCCAGGAGGGCCUACAGGCGGUACUGUCCAGUGAUUACGCGAUCGCCCAGUUUCGAUAUCUGGAACGUCUGUUGCUGGUGCACGGUCGCUGGUCCUACUAUCGCAUGUGCAAAUUUUUGCGCUACUUUUUCUAUAAGAACUUUGCAUUUACGCUCUGCCAUUGUUGGUACUCAUUGUUUUGCGGCUUUAGCGCACAGACUGUGUUCGAUCCCAUGUUUAUAUCUGUGUACAAUCUAUUCUACACAUCGUUGCCGGUGCUGGCGCUGGGCGUAUUCGAGCAGGAUGUAUCGGAUAAGGACAGUGUCGAAUAUCCGCGACUUUACACACCGGGUCUGAAGAGCGAACUCUUCAACAUUCGCGAAUUUAUCUACAGCGUGCUGCACGGCGCCUUUACGUCCCUGAUACUGUUCCUUAUACCUUAUGGAACCUACAAGGAUGGCGUCUCCUCCAAUGGCUUCAUAGUUAGCGAUCACAUGACGCUGGGCGCUGUCGUGGCCACUAUACUGAUCAUCGACAAUACAGCACAGAUCGCUCUAUACACCAGCUAUUGGACUGUUGUGAACCACGUAACCAUUUGGGGCAGUCUGAUUUGGUAUUUCGUGCUCGACUAUUUCUAUAAUUAUGUUAUAGGCGGGCCCUAUGUGGGUUCCUUGACCCAAGCCAUCGAAGAUCUGACCUUCUGGGUGACCCUCUUGAUCACAGUUGUGGUGCUAAUGGCGCCCGUAUUGGCCUACAAGUUCUACUUACUCGACGUAUAUCCCAGCUUGUCGGAUAAGCUUUUACAGAUACGACAGAAGUCCAUUAAAACGCACUCGCGCGCCUCCAGCGAUGUGCGACGAACGCCUUCGGCGCGACGUGCCCGCCGGUCGGUUCGUUCGGGCUAUGCAUUCGCACAUCAGGAGGGCUUUGGCCGUCUGAUCACUUCUGGCAAGAUAAUGCACAAAAUGCCACAGGAUUUUGCUUUUCCGCUCGGACUGGGCACCAAAAAAACUCAAAUGCUGCACAAUAGUCUUAGUUCACAGCCCCCGGAGGACAAUCAGGGCAAGGUACACGCUUACAACAACAACAACACCAAUGCCCGUUACAAUCAUAACCAUUCGUCCAUGGCGGACAUAACGGCUGUUCGAGAUGGCAGCGGCAGCGAUAACGCUACGGGCAAUAGUGAUGGCACAAAUGACAUAAGUCCGCGUGCUCCCUACCAGGACCUGGACACAAUCAAUCUCUAGAGAUGACCAAUCGUUACAAUUCAACCACAAACAAACAAACCAGAAGUAAUCGUAACCGUAAGCGUAACCGUAACAUUUUAAAACACCAAAAAUUGGAAUUGUGGUGCAAUAGUUGCUAACAAGAAGCAAAAACAAUUGAAAACCCAAACCGAAUUAGGUUUAGUAUGCCUACCUAUAGUGCAUAAGUAUCCUACACAUAUAGUAUACUAGCAUAUAUUUAGAUAUAGGUAUGAAUGGUUUGUGUGUAUGUGGGAGUGAAUGACUGUGUGUCUGUGAAUUAAGUUGCCCCAUAAUAUGAUGAACGUUUUCUCUUAAACUCUACCCGUAACAGUCCCUAACAGUCCUUUCUACCUUCUCGUUGUUGGCUUAAGAUAUUUUUGGAUAAUUUUGGAUGUUGUUCGACUUUUAAUUUCCAUUGGUUUCCACAUUGUAUAUCCAGCAAGGCUCCAAUUCUAUACUAAAAAGCUUAAAUGUCAAAUGUAGGUAAUACGUAUGAUACGUCUGUCUGUUCGGUUGUCUGCUCUCCUGUUCGAAUGUAUGAACUUCGAGAACUCUUCAAUUUUAACAGCUAGCGACACCAAACUUGCAAGUUUAUUGCACACCAUUAUUUUAUAUAGAUGCUACAGGACUGAUCGCUGGAAAAUCAAUCUUCGUAAGAUAACCUAUGAAGAUGUCCAAGGUAGUCCUUAUAGAUUUUGUAGAGUACCACACAAUAUUCUAAAUUUUCAUCCACAUCGAUGGACUACACGAUACAGCUAUAAUAGGAAAGAACAGAGCUGAAACAAAGCAUAAUAUAGAACUUUUUUUUAUUUAUAAAAAUAUCUGAGGCAAAUUCCAUCUAAAGAUCAGGGCUGGUUGGUACAAUAAAAUUUAUUUCAGUUAAGUUAUAAGUUAGAGUGGGGCUGGAAGCACUUGAACGACCUACUCGAUUAAUAAAUACGUUUCUAGUUAAAAGUACCUAAUUUUUCUUGUUGGCGUCAAAUAUUUUCGAUAGCACCUACAACAAAAUACAGGCUCUUUUUUCACUCCGCAUUUUUAAGUUCCGUCAGCAAAUCUAUUUAAUUUAUUCAAUAUUUACUUUGAAGAUAGUGAAAACAAAUAAUUAGAAAAUAUAAUUGGUGUUAUUUUUUUCACUCCAAUAUUGUUUUAGUUCCUUCACCAAGUUGAUUUUGUUCCAU